CAGACAUUAUUCUAUGUUACACGUACAGGACGUUCCGAUACCUUUCCGUUUCCUCGGCGAAUGACUCCGACCUGAAAUAAUCAACGUCGUCGUACACAUUUGAACAAAGACAUUUGCCUGAAGAUGACAGACCGCUAUAACAUUCACAGCCAGUUGGAGCAUCUUCAAUCUAAAUACAUUGGAACAGGCCAUGCGGACACCAGCAAGUGGGAAUGGUUGGUGAACCAACAUCGGGACUCGUACUGUUCAUAUAUGGGUCACUUUGACCUGCUGAAUUACUUCUCUGUUGCUGAGAACGAGAGCAAAGCCCGCGUGCGCUUCAAUCUCAUGGAGAAGAUGCUGCAGCCCUGUGGCCCACCUUCGGACAAACCUGACGAUGCUUAGUCUAAGGAGUUCAACUGGCAGGAAUUAGAAAAUGUAGUUUUACUGUUUGGCUAUCCAUCAUGUUGAUUAGAAGUCAUGUUUGAGAUGCAUGAAAUGGAAGCAAUGUUGACAAAACAAUGCAUCAGUUUUCCUUUUUCCCCCACCCAUUUUAUAUUUGCCUUAAGAAUUUGCAUUGAAAAUAAACAUUGAAAAGAA